CUUGACCUGCCGGCGUCCAUCGUCGCCGGCGGCGCGCCGCCCGGUUUCGGGCAUCCCGACCCCGCCUUCCCUUCCGCUUUCUCGCUUUCCCUUUUCGCUAUGACUUUCAUCCCGAGCUCACAGAUCCCGGCCUCCAUGGCAUCCCUGACCGGCUCUCAGUCGCCGGACUCCGGUGAAUUCCACGGCAGAUUCACUUCAUGGACUAACAAUUUCAAGAAAGCAAUUAAAUAUGCUUUUCACCCAACCGAGUUGUUUAGCCUCCCUCGUGCAGGAGGUCCGCCGUCCCAUGUUAAAUCCCGCUCCGGUGACACACCGUCCACCGAUGGCCAGUCAUUGCCUGUAGCAGCGCCGCCGCUUGUGGCGGUUACUUUCCCAGAAGGUAUUGUCCAAUCUGACGCCACUGGUGCCUUAGUCGACCAACCUACUGGUAACCACCCUUGGACGGUUCAUUUCGGUUCCCUCCCGGCGAAAAACUUCAACCCUCCGUCAGAAAACCUCUCGGCGACAGCUGUUACCCAUCUACCUAAGCUUAUCCUAUCGACUACAGAUUUCCCCUCCGCUCAACCUUUGGUGGGUCGACACAUUGGGCCCCUCCCUAGGCCCAACUCAGAACCCACUUUGAUUUCAUGUAGGUCGCCACAUGCCUUGGCCCAAUCCCUCUCCCUCCCCAACUCCCCUACACACCAUAACCCCCCAUUCUCUGACAAGGCCCAUCUCAUCAGACCCAACACCCUCAUUGACCAGGCCUAUAUCCACAGGCAAUUCACCCUCCCUCAACCGGCUCGUCCACCUAUUCCCUCCGCACAGCCUGGCC